AUGUAUUCAUAUCUUCAUGCCUCAGUGCAUGCCAGUGGAGACAAGCUGUCCUCAGUGUCUGCAGAGAGAGACCAGCUGAAGGACAACUUCACUGCACUGAUGGACAACUUCACUGCACUGAUGGACAACUUCACUGCACUGAAGGACAACUUCACUGCACUGACCCAAGAGAAGGACAGACUUCAGCUCCUGUUGAAACAGAAGAAAACGUGUCCUGAAGGCUGGAGGAUGUUCAGUGGUUCCUGUUAUCUUCUCUCUACACGGGCUGAUUCCUGGACUAAUGCCAGAACAGACUGCACAGACCAAAGAGCAGAUCUGGUGAUCAUAGACUCACUUGAAGAACAGAAAUUCCUCUCACUCAUGACCACACAAUUUAGUUGGAUUGGUUUGAGUGACAAAGACAUCGAGGGCACGUGGAAAUGGGUUGAUGGAACUCUGCUGACUGAGACGUACUGGUCCAUUCAGCCUGAUAACGGGGGAGGAGAUCCCCGGUGGGGGGAGGAGGACUGCGCUCACCUGAAACCUGGCCACAACGCACAAUCAAACUGGAAUGAUCUGUCGUGUGACGCUGCUCUGCGAUGGAUCUGUGAGAAACUGCCUUAAUAAUAAACACAUAAUUUGUAAAGUGUGAUUGUGUUUUGGCAAAAAGCCUUUAAUGGUGUCGUUGUAUGUUGCAUUUAGAGAAAGAAGGAGACCAUGUAAGUGCUGAGAGGUCAGGUAUCAGGGUCUUAUUUAAGUCUUUUUAUUAUGAUGCAUCUGUAGUGUGUGUCUGUAUGUGUGUGCUGGUGAUUUUGGUAUCAAAGAAACAAAGCUGCAUGUUGUACUGAACCUAUAUUUUAAUAAAAAAGCUUCACGCUGAAAUGCAUUUAUUAGAGCAAUAAAGGCGACCUGAGU